CAAAGGCCCAGAUCGGCGGCGGCGGUAGAUGGUGGGUGGUGCCCGGAAAACAAACGGCCGUAACACAAGUUAGGGCGGCUAUCCAUUAUCGCAAACAGCUUUAUCGGACUUUCGCAACUCCACUGGGAGAGGGGCGAAACGACCGGCAAAGGCCGGUUGCGUGAUACUCAUAUCCCUCGUGGCCGUGACAAUUGCCCAUAACUCAGCCAAACUGCGAGUUUCCCAGUGUUAUAAGUAUCUGUUGAGGCCUGUCCCGUCGCCUGCCAAAGAGCAAUCCCACAUCCCGCAUUCGACGCAUGCAAAGUCUCUAUCCAUCGCGACCUUCAUCCUUGCACCCUGUUUCGUUGCCCUAUUUCCUGCUGUCGGUCGUCUCUACUCAUAGUUUGCUCGCUUGCCACUUGCCGGACAUCUCGUCCGAUUUCACCACUUCCACAACGGGCUGCUUUUCUCUUGCUAACCGCUACUGGCGCCGGCCCACUGAACCCACUGUGACCACCAUCACCGUCACCGCCAAAAGCGAAAAGCCUACUGCGUCCGACGACGAUCUAAAGAUCAAUCCUAGCUCAUUCAUUCUACAUCAAUCGGCAAUGGCAACUGCAGCACCGUCCGCGGUCGGCAAACCCGUCGCUGCAACAAAUGGCGUCCAGAACGGUGUGCACUCCCCACAGGAACAACCAAAAAAGCUGGCAAACGGUUACGCCAUCCCUGCAUUCACCGCUGCCCAAGUUAAGAGCGCACAACCGCAAAAGUACCAGACUUCCUCUGCCACCGUCGCAGGCAUCCUCAACAAAGUCGCUUCCUACUCCCGCCCUGAACCCGUCCCCGUCCAGAUCGCCCAACCCCUCGUCGCAGCCCAGCCGGUCGUCAACGGCGUCUACAACUCCACAUCGUCGAACAGUACCAGCACCGCCGUCGUCAAAAGCAAGGUCUCUGGCCAAGAAAUUCGCACAGCCUUCCGCAAUGCUGCCAACAGCGUAUGGGUCAUUACCAGCGCGUGGGAUGACCAGCCGGUCGGUUUCACUGCUAUCACCGUCAACUCCGUCUCCAUCGAUCCGCCCAUGAUCACCUUCAACAUCGGUCGCAACUCGAGCAGUCUCAACACCGUCAGCAGGUCCCUUCGUUUCGCCGUCCACUUGCUGAGCCAGGACGAGGCAGCCACAGCUAAACGAUUCGCAGCGUCCGCCGACAAGCGCUUCGCCGAUGCAACGACUUGGAGGUGGCAUCAAGAUGGCCUCCCGGAACUCACACCCAACACACUUGCUCGUCUCUCCGGAAACAUCCUCAGCCUCUCUGCGGCAGGCGACAACCUUCUCGCCCUCGGCGCCGUCGAAAACAUCUCUCAACGUCCCGGCCAGCCGCUGGUCUACCACCAAGGCGUCUACCGCACCCUGCAAGACCCGACCACACCGCGUCGCGACCGCCGAAUCUACCUCAACGCGUUCGACAUGUCCUGCAUUGGCCAUCAGAGCCCCGGGUUGUGGGCCCACCCGAACGACCGGGCGAGCACGUACAAGGAUCUGGAGUACUGGACCAACCUCGCGCAGCUGUUGGAGAAGGGAGGGUUCGACAGUCUGUUUUUGGCGGAUGUGCUGGGGACCUACGAUGUGUACAAAGGCUCUCGCGAUGCCGCUGUUCGUGCGUCCGCCCAAGUUCCCGUCAACGACCCCGUGCUGUCCAUCCCCGCCAUGGCCGCCGUGACCAAGCGUCUCGGUUUCGGCGUGACAGUCAGUCUCACGUACGAGCUGCCCUACUCCUUUGCCCGCCGCAUGUCCACCCUCGACCACCUCACAAAGGGCCGCGUGGCAUGGAACAUUGUGACCAGCUACCUCAAAUCCGCGGCGACCAACCUCGGCCUCGACACGCAGAUCCCGCAUGACGAGCGCUACAACAUCGCAGAGGAGUUCAUGGAAGUCUGCUACAAGCUCUGGGAAGGCUCCUGGGAACAAGACGCCGUCGUCGCCGACGUCAAGAACGGAAUCUACACCGACCCGGCCAAAAUCCACGACAUCAACCACCGCGGGAAGUACUACAACGUCCCCGGCGCACACCUCUGCGAACCCUCCCCGCAACGCACCCCCUACCUCUUCCAAGCCGGCGCCUCCACAAAAGGCCAAGCAUUCGCCGCCAAACACGCCGAAGCCGUCUUCAUCGCCGGCCCAAACCCAUCCCACCUCAAGAAGAUCGUCGCAGGCAUCCGCAAAUCAGCAACAGAAGCCGGCCGCAACCCUUACGACGUCAAGAUCUUUGCGCUCCUCACCAUCAUCACGGCCGAGACGGACGAACUAGCCCACGCGAAACACGAGGACUACAAACAGUACGCCUCCAUCGAAGGCGCGCUAGCCCUGUACGGCGGGUGGGCCGGCGUCGACCUCUCCACCCUGGACGUAGACCAACCGCUCGAGUACGUCGAGAACGACGCGAUCCGCUCCGUCAACGAGAUGUGGUCCAAACAGAACGGCUCCGACAGCGUCUGGACCCCGCGCAAGAUCGCCGAAAAGAUCUCCAUCGGCGGCCUCGGCCCCCUCAUCGUCGGCAGCGGGACAUCCAUCGCGGACCAGUUGGAAAAAUGGGUCGACGAAUCAGAUGUCGAUGGGUUCAACCUCGCGUAUGCUGUCACACCGGGCUCGUUCGAGGAUAUCAUUGAACAUGUCGUCCCGGAACUGAGACUCCGCGGACGCCUGCUGCCGAUCGAGGACGACGACGCGCCGAGGACUACCCUGAGGGAGCGCAUGGGAUACCCGCAUGCGAAGGCGCAUGUCGGGAAGGACCACCCCGCGUGGAGGUAUAAGGUUAGCAAGUGAGCGGUGGGGCUGGUCCUCGCUUUAGCUCUUUGGAUGUUGGCGGUACUACCCCCCCGCGAUUCUACUGUAUAUACACAUCAUCGUUCCCCCCCC